AUGACUGUUCCACCUGUUUACAUUGUCGCUACAUCCAGAACGCCCAUCGGUUCUUUCCAGGGUACCCUUUCCUCGUUGACCUACUCUGACUUGGGCUCUCACGCCGUGAAAACUGCUCUCGAGAAGGUUCCCCAAAUCAAGCCCCACGACGUGGAAGAAAUCUUCUUCGGUGGAGUCUUACAGGCCAAUGUCGGCCAAGCCCCUGCCCGUCAAGUUGCUUUGAAGGCUGGGCUCUCAGAAGCAAUUGUUGCCACUACUGUCAACAAGGUGUGUGCCUCUGGGUUAAAGGCUAUCAUUUUGGGUGCACAGACUAUUAUUACCGGCAACGCUGAUAUCGUCGUCGCUGGUGGUGCCGAGUCCAUGUCCAACACCCCUUACUACGUUCCUUCGGCCAGAGGCGGUGCCAGAUACGGAGAUGCUGCCUUGGUGGACGGAAUCCAAAAGGACGGUUUGUUGGAUGUAUACGAACAAAAGUUAAUGGGAGUUGCCGCCGAAAAGUGUGCUGCUGAUCACGGAUUCUCCAGAGACGAUCAGGACCAGUUUGCUAUCGACUCCUAUACAAAAGCACAGACUGCCCAGGCUGCCGGUAAGUUUGAACAUGAGAUCGCUCCUGUCACCAUCAAGGGAGUCAGAGGUAAGCCAGAUGUAAUUGUAAGUGAAGAUGAAGAAAUCAAGAACUUCAACGAAAAGAGAUUGAGAUCGGCCAGAACUGUUUUCCAAAAGGAAAACGGAACUGUGACUGCUCCAAAUGCAUCCAAGAUCAACGACGGUGGUGCUGCUGUAGUGUUGGUAUCUGAAUCUAAACUUAAGGAAUUGGGCUUGAAGCCUUUAGCCAAGAUCAAUGGAUGGGGUGAAGCUGCCAGAUCUCCUAUUGAUUUCACCAUUGCUCCAUCUUUGGCCAUUCCAAAGGCUUUGAAGCAUGCCAAUAUUUCUCAAGACCAAGUAGACUACUUUGAGUUGAACGAAGCUUUCUCUGUUGUAGGAUUAGCCAAUGCUACUCUCUGUAACAUCGACUCUGCCAAGUUGAACGUCUAUGGUGGUGCUGUUGCCUUGGGCCAUCCUUUGGGUUGCUCUGGUGCCAGAAUCGUCAUCACUUUGCUUUCUGUGUUGACUCAGGAAAGUGGAAAGAUUGGAGUUGCUGGUGUUUGUAACGGUGGAGGUGGUGCUUCUUCUAUUGUCAUUGAGAGAGUCGACCAUGAAGAUGCAAAAUUGUAA